AUGUCUUCGGUCAGCGCACAUCUGAUGCGCCGUGGUGUCGAGCUUGCCUCGACCCACUUUCAGGAACCCAAGAAACCUGAGGAUGAGCAGACUCCUGGUGGCCUUGUUGCCCUCUUUGCGCUGAGUUUCAUCAUCUUUGUGUUGAUCCUAGGAUCGAUUGAAUACACAUAUGGCCUGGUUGUGGGAACCCUUGCGGCUGUUGAGGACUCUAACCCAGAUAUCUACGUGCGAAUCGAUGGAAAUAACGACCCUACUAAGCCAUUUGACCCUAACGACCCUGAGCCUGCUGCGGCUCCAACUCCCAAGCCUAUCACCAGCAAGCUGCGUACCACUAUUAAGCACCUCCGCUCCCGUGCUGGCUUCUGGUCGCGCUUCCGUGGCUUGAGUAUGUUCCUGGCUUGGAACAUGGCCCGUGGAUUCAUUUCAGCUAUUAUUCCCAUCAGCUCUAGCUCUUUCCUGAGUCAGUUCUUUUUGCAGUCUAUCGUCACUGUGUUCCUGUGCACAUGGCAGAUGGCCUGGGUUCACAUUGUCAUCACUGAGCCCUCCCCCAAGCGCUUCUACCAGCGUAUUCCUAGCUGGCGCUCUUGGAUUAAGAUUGUACCCGCUGCUAUUCUGCAGGAUGUUCUGGCUGCUGCUGCUUUCUUCUUGCCCAUGGCUAUUGCCAAGCUCACUGGUGCAUUCAACAUCACCCCAGGUGCUGAUAACAGCAUGAAGGAUAUUUUCCGUUCCCUGGCUUUCGGUGCCAUCCCUGCUCUUCUUGCUCUGAUUAUCACCAUCCCUGCCCGUGUUGUCUUCAUUCGUGUUGCUGCUUCUAUGCUGCCUGAGGAGGAGGAGACUAUUGUGCCUUUUGACCGCUCCUUUGGUGGCAAGGUCCAGCCCGCAAUUGUGGGUGGCAGUGGAAAGAUUGGUCUGCUGGAGGCUUGGACCACCUUUGACUGGGCUAGCCGGGUUCGUCUUUACAAGGUCAUUGGCAAGACCUUUGCCAUGCAUGUAGCCGUGCUUGUGGUAGGAGGUCUUGUUCUCGGUGCCCAAUUGUUCAUCAUGAUGCCCAAGAACUCUGGUCAGAACAAUGGCUCUGCUGGCACCCCUGCCGUAGAAUAG